UAACGUUCCUGGGGGUCCCUGCCGGGUGGUCCCUAGUCGAGUGGCGGGGCUGCUGCGGGUGUAGCCUUCUGUGGAGGAGCUGCCGACCGGGUCCCGGGGCCUGGCAGGCGAGGCCGCGGGCGUGGCUAGUGAGCAGCCAGCAGCCGUCGAGGAGCGUGGAGUCGCCCGGAGCAGCCGGCGCGGACUUCGGAGUUAAAAGGAUGGCAGCCUUCUUUGCAUUGAAGAACUUCACUGCACUUUCAGAUCUGCAUCCAAAUAUGGCACAUCUGAAAAUAAUCGGUAUAGUUAUUGGAAAAACAGAUGUCAGAGGCUUUCCAGACAGAAAAAAUAUUGGAUCAGAAAGGUACACUUUCAGUUUCACCAUUCGUGACUCACCAAUCCAUUUUGUAAAUGCAACAUCAUGGGGCAACGAAGAUUACAUCAGAUCACUUUCUAACAGCUUUCGGGUUGGCGAGUGUGUGAUAAUUGAAAAUCCCCUGAUCCAAAGAAAGGAAUUAGAAAGAGAAGAAAAAUUCAGUCCUACAACUCCUAGUGACUGUAAACUAUUGCUCAGUGAAGAUCACUCAACAGUAAAAGUUUGUUCCAGUUGUGAAGUGGACACCAAGUUACUUUCUUUGAUACACUUACCUGUUAAAGAGUCUCGGGAUUAUUAUUCAUUGAGCGAUAUUGUUGCAAAUGGACACAGUCUUGAUGGGAGAAUUAUUAAUGUGCUUGCAGCUGUGAGGUCGGUUGGAGAGCCAAAAUACUUUACAACUUCAGACCGAAGAAAAGGCCAGAGGUGUGAAGUUAAACUCUAUGAUGAGAUGGAGUCUUCUUUUGCAAUGAUAUGUUGGGAUAAUGAAUCCAUUUUACUUGCACAGAGCUGGAUGCCACGAGAAACAGUAAUAUUUGCCUCAGACGUAAGAAUAAGUUUUGACAGAUUUCGGAACUGCAUGACAGCAACUGUGAUCUCAAAAACCAUUAUUACAACUAAUCCAGAUACACCAGAAGCUAACAUCUUAUUGAAUUUCAUAAGAGAAAAUAAAGAAACAAGUCUUUUGGAUGAUGAAAUUAACAGUUACCUGAAAGAAUCCAUAAAUUUAAAUACAAUAGUUGAUGUCUAUACGGUUAAACAAUUAAAGGUAAAAGCUUUGAAGAAUGAAGGAAAAUCUGACCCUUUCUAUGGCAUCCUUUAUGCCUACAUUUCUACACUGAACAUUGAUGAUGACACUACAAAAGUAGUUCAAAAUAAAUGUUCAGGCUGUGGUUACAAUAUACAUGAAGCAUCCAGCGUUUGUACAACUUGCAAUAAAGAUUCUUCAGAGUUUAAAUCUGUUAUUCUCAGCUUUGAUAUGCUAAUUGAUCUUACAGAUCACACAGGGACCCUCCAUUCCUGUAGUCUCACAGGAAGUGUCGCUGAGGAGACUUUGGGCUGCACGGUAAAUGAGUUUCUUGCAAUGACGGAUGAACAGAAAACAGCAUUGAAGUGGCAAUUUCUUUUGGAAAGAAGCAAAAUUUAUUUAAAAUUUUUUGUAUCAGACAGAGCAAGGGGUGGAUUGAGAACCAGUGUGCUCUCAUGUAAGCUUGCAGAUCCCGUUGAAGCAAGUAGGAACUUGUCUGGACAAGGAAAUAUUUAAACCAGAGAUACCAGUGUAAACUCUGGAAAAGAAUAUGAGCUUUAACUACUUUUAAAGUGGAAGAUGAGUUUGAAUAUAGAUAAAAUUGUAUUUUGUUCAAAUAUGGUAAAAAUGUUUUUAUAAAUUGUUUUCUCUUGGUGUUGGUUUGGGGGUAAGUUUUAAAUACCUAUCUCACCUGAACUCAAUUUUAGAAGGCCAUUUCUACUGGCUUUGCCCUCUCUCUUCCCAAGUUGGAAAAUGUUUGUGUGAAUAAUAAACAAAUUUAACCUUU